AUGAGAGGCAGCGAACACAGACAAACCAUGAAAAAGAUAUACAUUGGCAAAACUGCCUUAAAAGUUCCCCGAAAUGGAGGCAAACAUCAGAAAAAGAGUUCAUUGCAGGAGCAGAAGGAGGAGCUGCGGAAGCGUCUUUCCUACACAACACACAAGCUGGAGCUCCUGGAGAGAGAGUUUGACUCCACGCGUCAGUACCUGGAGACGGAGCUACGCCGCGCCCAGGAAGAACUGGACAAGUUCACUGAUAAACUGCGCAGAAUACAAAGCAGCUACUCGGCGUUGCAGAGGAUAAACCAAGACCUGGAGGAGAAGAUCCACAGAAAUUCGCAGCAUCAUGACGACGAGAAGCGAGCUCUGAGCAGAGAGAUCAUCGUUCUCAACAGCCAUCUGAUGGAGGCGAAGCUCACCAUUGAGAAACUACAAGAGGACAAUGACCUGUAUAGAAAGGACUGCAACUUGGCAGCUCAACUUCUCCAGUGCAACAAGUCGCUGUACAGGACCCAGCUCUCUGAGUUACCUGCUGACUUUCAGCAACGAGUGACUAUGCACAUGGAGGACUCCCCUCUCUGUCAUGCCUCUUACGCUGACUCUGUUCCUGCCUCUGUCAUUGCCAAGGUGCUUGAGAAACCAGACGAGGCCUGCAGCAGCAGCCAGGCCUCCCGCUCACCCAGUCCGCAGACCGAGGACCAUGGCUUUCUUCUGGACAGCAUGGGGGGGGAGCGCCUGGGCCUCCGGGCAGCCUACAAAUCAGACCUGUACAGUAGUGAUACGGCCCUGUACUGCCCUGAUGAUCGCCACCGUGAGCGGAGGCCUAGCAUGGACCUCCACGGUCAGAGGACGCUGAUAUAUGGUCCCCAGAACUCCACAGACAGCAACCCAGAAGAAGGAACCCUGGGGCUGAGACCCGGCUUCUCCCAUGAGCACUUUUCUAAGUUCCCUACCACACUGGGCAUAGGUUCCAGCUCCUACUCUAGCUUCAGUGGCGGAGGGUCGGAGGAUAAGGGAAACGGCCCACCAAGCAGUGCAGCAUCCUCCCCGCACCAUCACUCCCUCUACAUGGAGUGGAGAGAUGCGGGGGACUACGAGAGAAAGAGCGACUCAUCGUGGGAGAGGGACAGUCCAAGGAGCUUCGCUAGCACCCAUCCUUUUCAGCAGGCAGAGCUGAGCCAGCACCAGAAUGGCAGCUCGCCUGUCUACAGCCGCACCAUGUCCUCCUGCUUCAGCGAGCCCUAUGAGCCUCUCCCCCCCUCUUCCUCCCCAAGUGUGGCCUACGGAGACAGUCGCCGCGGCAGUACUUUGGCCCCAGAGGAGGAGGAAUUGAUCGGUCGAUGGAGGCAGCUUAGUGUUGAGGACCUAAGUGCUCACUCCUACCGCAGUCCUGGCCGGGCUUCACCCUACAGCUUCUCAGAGCAGCACUUCUCUGUCCGUCCAGCCAAGAUCCGGCUUGGUCCAGUCUACAGCAGCUUUCAGGAAGGGGCUGACUACUACCAUCAUGAAGUGGGUGUCAUGGACCCAGUGUGGGGGACCACUAGCCCAAGUCCUGAAUACAGCCCAGGCCCGCGGCAGGCCCACAGCCAGGCACACCUUUACCGAGCCGAGGAGGACAGCCAGGAGUCGGAGCACAGCCUCUACCACUCAGGGAGCUCCAAGGACAGGGAGGGCAACAUGGCUGCUGGGGGCCAGAGCAAAGAGUAUGUGAAUCCCAGCCCAAACAGUUCCGCUGAGUCCCUGAACCAGAGGUCCCUGGAGAUGGUUUCAGACCUUCAGCACUAUCCGAUUGAGAUGCACAGCCUGCCUCCGCAGGGUAGCCAGCCGCCGCCGCCGCCACCAGCACCCCCUCCUCCUCCUUCUUACAACCAAAAAUUUGGCUCCCUUGGGCUUUCCAGAAAGGACAGUCUGACCAAAGCCCAGCUAUACGGAACACUUCUUAACUAGGAGGCUUUCCAACCAGGUAUAUUGUCCGAUAUAAAGAUAUGGGUUUGAAGUCCCUGGUAGGUCCGGUCAGAGCUUCUGUUAGCACCGUAAUGAGCAGAAAAAAGGUUUUUCAGUGGUAGCCAGGUUCCAGGAAAAAGAGUCAAAAGUAAAACGCAGUGUCAUGAGCAUGUACUUUUUCGCUGAUUGUUCUUAAGGCUUUGAUUG